AUGAUACUGGCAUCGAGAUUUGCACCAUCUAGGAGUCGUUUGUUGAUCCGUUUACUAACUGCCUCCUCUGACAUCUCUUCACUCGUACAGGGUCGCGGAAAUGCUUGGCGUGCUUGUCUGGGAAAAAUCAGCCGUUCUCAGUACUUGCGACAUUACCCUGUAACACUCAUCAGACCUGAUGGAUCGGCUCUAGAAGUCCGCUAUUUGGAACCACGCGAAGUGGUGCAGCUUCCUGUGGAUUUGAAUGCGCUUACUGAAGAGGAAAAACGUCUUAGGUUAGCGGCAAGAAAACCAAAGACGAGAAAGAUUGUUCAGGAAUCAAUAGACGACAAUUUCGAUCCUAAUGAAUACAUGAAGUUCUGGAGUUCAUCAACUAAACCACUAGGAACGCCAAUCAGGAAGGAUAAGAAAAUCCGCUGCAGACACAUGACUCCCGAAUACACUAUUUUAUUGCCAACAUACAAUGAGAGGGAGAAUCUUCCCAUUUGUGUUUGGUUGCUGGAGAAGUAUUUGAAGGAUGUGAAUUAUGAGGUGAUUGUAAUCGACGAUGCCAGCCCCGAUGGAACACAGAAUGUGGCAGAACGACUGCGUCACGAGUAUGGUGAAAAUAAAAUAGUGCUCAAGCCUAGAGAAGGCAAACUUGGGUUGGGCACGGCUUACAUUCAUGGCCUCAAAUACGCGAGAGGAAACUUCAUUAUCUUAAUGGACGCGGAUUUAUCCCAUCAUCCCAAAUUUAUACCUGAGAUGAUUGAGCUUCAAAAAAGCAUUAAUCUUGAUAUUGUUACCGGAACGCGCUACGCUUUGGGUGGUGGUGUUCAUGGCUGGGAUCGCAAACGGAAAACUAUAAGUAAAGGAGCUAACUUUCUCGCACAAUUUCUCCUCAAUCCCGGUGUCUCAGAUUUGACGGGCUCCUUCAGGUUGUAUCGAAAAGAAGUGCUCGCAUGCUUGAUAAAUAAAAGUGUAAGCAAAGGAUAUGUGUUUCAGAUGGAAAUGAUGUUCCGUGCAAGCAAGAAAGGUUACAAAAUUGGCGAGGUUCCAAUUUCAUUUGUGGAUCGGUGUUUUGGUGAGUCCAAGCUGGGCAGUCAGGAGAUUAUUGAUUACGUUAAAGGGCUCAUGUAUCUGUUUUUCUUUGUCAAUUAG